AUGAGCUACAACGGCCACUAUCCGCAGCACUUGCAUCAUAACCGCCCUCCAUCCGAGACCAUACAACCCCAACUUCUCUACAACGCAAACGCCGUCAACGCCAAUUCCAACGUCUCGCCGUAUCAAUAUAGCAAACCUCAGGUCAUACUACCGUCCUACCAAAAUUAUGGAUACAGUCAACAGCCGCAGGCUUCCCCUAUGCCUUUGCCCCAACAGCAGCAACCCUACGCCCCAGCUGCAAUGCCAACAUACGUAAACCCAUCGGACAUAUUUCAACGGCCACAACCCAUACUGCCUACAUCGUCGCCUGCGUCCUUUAACAAUCACCACGUGCCACAGUAUGGCGCUCAAUCUACGGUUCCUGUUGCUGGCAACAGCCCGUCUGUCACCACUCCUACUCCGCCUUUAUCGGCUCCACGGCCAGCACCAACACCAACACUGACUCGAAAUCACCGACCUAGUCCCAAUUCUGCGAGUAAUCAGUCUUUCAAAAACACCACUAAGCCUAUGGAUACCCCGCAACCGCCGGAAAAGGCCAACCCGAUUACAGUUGUGCCACCGCCAGCGCCGCAGGUAUUAGUCCCAGCUCCUUCGCCAGAUGUACAGAAGAUUCAGCGUCCACCAUACAAGAAACAGGCCCAUCAGCCCUCGCCGAAACCCGCGAAACCUGGAAUCGAUUAUCAAAUCCUUCUCCUGGCUAUGGCCGAGGAGUAUCUCGAUGCCGCGCAUAGCCACGGGACCACUAUCGCCUUGAUGAGAAGGGAUGAGGAGCUGGAGGAAUACUACAGGCUGGUUGCGACUGGUCUCGGCUGCUUGGAAGCAGUAUUGAAGAACUGGAGGUUGCAACCGCGCGUAGAAGCCCUGGUGCGAUUGAGAUAUGCACGCGUACUCUUCGAAGAGACGGACAAUGAUCUGGAAGCAGAGACAGCAUUAAGUAAAGGCAUCAACUUAUGUGAGCGAAAUCGUAUGCUUGACCUGAAAUACAGUAUGCAGCAUCUGCUAGCUCGGAUGUUGUACAAGACAAAUCCGAAGGCUGCUCUUAAAGCCGUGGAUGGUAUGAUUCAGGAUACUGAAGCCUACCGUCACUCUGCCUGGGAAUACGCCUUUCGCUUUCUUAGGGUAUCACUCUCCUUGUCAUCACUCGCCCACCAGGAAACCACGUCAGCCCUUCAAAAUCUCCAUAAAGUAUCUACCAUGGCGAGCCGUAACGGCGACAGAGCUGUUUCUGCUAUGUCUGCUAUCAUUGAAGCUUUGGCACAUCUCCAGCAAGGAUCCAGCUCAGACUCUAUCGAGCAAGCACAGCGUGCCAUAGCGGCUGCACGAAGCCAUCAGCUGAAUGAUGAACUACGCCAUGUUCCACAACUUACAGCCCUAAUUCAGAUUGUUGAUAUCUGCUGCAGUUUGCUUGAAUAUGAUGUCAAUCAAUCCGCCCAGAAGCUCGGGUUUUUGCAAAGUCUGAUGGACGAUCGACUGAAUGAUUCAAAUUGGCGCUGUGACGGGUCAUUUUCCAUUCCUUUGAGUGGCAAGUCGGCAGGCCCUUCCUCUAUGGAUACGGGCGAUAUCCUCCAAGUACAGGGCGGCACGUUGCUACUCAGUUUCAGCUGGCUACCACAACACGACCUCUAUGGCCUUUGCUACUUUCUUAGCUCUAUCACGUUGAGUUGUAAGAACUCAUCUGAUGGGCGGAAAGCUGAAAAGUUCCUUCAAGAAGGUGUACGCAUGCUGAAGGGUAACUUUCAAAAGCCGCCGCAGGAAAUCACGGAGUCUUUGGCCAAUGCAAAUAAACGGGCGGAAUGGCGCAGGAUAAUAUUCUGUAAUCUACUUGUCCAGCAAGUGUUCCUGGCUUGUGCCCGCACAGACUGGGAGCUGGCCCACAGAGUUUUAAGAGAGCUCCGGCAAGAAACUCAAUCAUUGGGCGAUAAUCUUCCUGACACGAUCCAAUGCCUAAUGCAGUACGCAGCGGGGACUAUUGCGCAGGCGACGGGCGAGCUAGAGACGGCCCUAAGCGCCUUCCAAUCCCCUCUAUUCUCUCUCUCUGGUUUCAGCAAGACCGCCCGCAACGACCCCCGCCGCGACCUUGCCAUCCUGGCAACCAUCAACGUCGUCCUCAUCAUCAACAACCCAGCUCAUCCAUCUCACUCUCACCUUCCGAACCUCCUCACCAUGCUCGAAUCCUUCUGCCGAACAAGUCCUAACAAAUACAUCCAAGCAGCUUAUUUCUUGCUCUGCGCAACCACGAACACGAACUCAACCAUCCAGAUCAAACAGAACCUCCAGCAAGCCCUUCAAACCGCAAACGCAAUAUGCAACAGUCAGAUCAUAUGUAUUACGUUAACCUUCAUGAGUUGGAAGUACUUUCGCGGAGUCGUCGGAGAGCAAGCUGAGAAAAGCGCCCGCGCGGGCCGCGCAAUGGCGGCGAAGGCUAGCGACCGUCUUUGGGUCAGCGUUACAGACGAUAUGCUGGCGGAGACUCUAGAGACGCAAGGGAAGGGCGAGGAGGCCAAUAAUGCCCGCGAGGAGGGGUAUCGGGUGAUGAUGGACCUGCCUUCGGCGCUGAGACGGCCUGCUUAG